GACAGAUACCCCUUGACGUGUCGUGCUGAUUAUUCAACAGAAAAUUAGGUUGUGUGAUGAGAUAGAAUAACAUGCACUGAAUCGAAGAGUGUAAAUCACGCAUUGCACUAAACCGAGACAAAAUGAGCUGGUUUGAUACAACAGGCAUAGCCAAUUUAGCCAAAAAUGCGUUGAAAGAAGCUCAAAAACAGAUUGAUAAAGCGCUUGAUAUCAAAGAUGAAGAUGAAACGGCAAUUUUUAAUGUAUCAAACGAACCUGCAGGAAAAAGUGUUAAUGAAAUGGUAAGAAACAGCAUAACCCUGCCCGACUUUUCUACCCCUCCCUCGGUUGCAAUCAACAACACAAUAAGCUCCAACACGUUAAAUGCGUCUUUUGAGGCUUGUGACGAUUCGUUUUUUGACCAACCAAUAAACAAUUCUAGCACCGUUACUAAACCACCAUCCAGCUUAAAGCCCUUGAGGAGUUUUGAAAAAUCGAAAAAUGAAAAUAUUGUAGAUUUGCCGGGUGCUGAAGUAGAUAGUUCUGAAUCAAUAGAGGUGCUUACGCCUGUUACGAUUUCCGGUUCAACCGUCACGUCGCUCAGCCAACGAUCGUCUUCUUUGGUCAUGAUACAAGACGAUGAAGAAUCUGAAUCAGUUGACGUUCUUGGUAUCAUCAGAACCGUGCCUGAUUCUACAACAGUAUGCAAUGAAUUACCAAAGCAUGGUGAAAAAAACGAAGAUGAAAUUAGUGUCGUAGAUGAUUGUAUUGCCAACACGUUGGCGGAACAGCCGAUAACUAUUCUGGAAACAGAGCUAUUACCAAUUACGGUGGCACCAAGCCGCAGUAAGCAUAAGUAUUCAGUGUCCAGUGCUCCGUCCGUAAACUUCAUAAAUGAUGGUUGUAAAGCACUAAAGAAAUCGGUAGAAGAAAGUAAAGAUGUGGUUGUUCCUUCGAGAUCAUCAUCUAACAAUAUACAUAUUGUUUCGGAACUUACUACAAGUUAUUCAGUUGAAAGGCCUGUUACGGAAAUAUACCACUAUAAAUAUUCUGGCGAUGGAUUUCAUUUGAAACAAGCAACGAAACCAGAAGAGGAAUUGGAUCAAAGCUAUGAAAGUAUAGAAUUGCAAACACAAACAUCUGACAUGGCGCACAGUUUUGUGGAAAUAAAGCCUGGAAGCAACGAUACAUCAGAUCAUUUAACUACAAAAAAUGCCACUGAAAAAAUUGAAUAUUCUGCGAAAUUUUCUGAUACAGUUUUUGGAUCCCCAGUUGGUCCAGGAGGCAGUCAAAGUUUAUUUCAGAGUUUAGGUGAUGAUGAGAUUGAAACAACCACUUCGUCAGAUAUAGAAAUUAUCUCCAGUCCGAAUGGAGGCGAUUCGAGUAGUACUCAUAGUGGUGUAUAUCGUACAAGUCCAAUGAAAAUUACCGAUGGAAAAAGUGCAAAUUUUGAUAUGCUUCUCACUAAAAAACGACGUGGACAUACGCGCGAAUCAUCUGAAAUUUCAAUGAAUAGUGGUAAUAGUGACGAUUCGGUACAUUUGUCUGAAACGGAACGCCUGAUGCGACGAUUAGUAGAGGUAUCAGAAAAGCUUGAACAACGAGAUUAUCGGUUGGUGGAACUUGGGAGACAAAACGCAGAACUUAAUGAACAAAUUGUUCAGUUGACUGCUCAGCUUGAAAAUAAAGCUAAGCGUGAGGGAGCAUCUGAUCUAGAUGGAUAUAUGCAACGACUAUCUGCAUUAGAGCGAAAGUUUCAGCAAUCGAUUCGAGAGAAAGAGGAUCUUAAAGGCAAACUUGAAGCCCUUAUAGCAGAGGCCCAAGAAAAAGUUGCCAAAAGCGAUAUGGAGAAAGCAUUAGUCGAGCGUGAUUUUAUGAUAAAUGAACUACAAAAGGAAGGUGAAAGUCUAUCGAAACAAAUAUUGCAACACUCAAACAUAAUAAAAAAAUUACGCGUAAAAGAAAAGGAAAGUGAUGCGUUAAUAAGAAGACAGUGCAAUGAAAUUAACGAAUUAACCCAAGAGACGGAACGACUGAAGCGGUCGUUAUCAGCAAAGGAUGAAGUUGAGCAUGCACAAAUAGUGGCCGUGCACAAAUUAACAUCUGAAAAGAGUAAACUAGAACGUGAAUGUGCUACUCUCAACAGCAAUUUAGAUGAUCAAACACAAAAAUAUGAAAGUCUCCGCAAGUCUUUCGAAUUUGCUCGUAAAGAGCUUAAUGAAAAGGCAGAAUUAUGUGAAGAUUUACAGAAUCGCUUGACUAAGCUACAAAAUUGUGAAUCAGAUUUUCAAUCUUUUCAAAAAACAAAUAAAAUGCUUAUGGAUCAGAUAGAAGAGUUACGUGGACAACUACGCCGAUCCGAGCAUGAUAACGGGCAACGGUUGAUUCGUGUGAAGAAUGAACAUGUUGAACUUUUGCGACGUUUAGAAGCAUCAGAAACUCGAGCUGAAGAAGAAAAAAAUGCAUCUGUUCUUCUAACAGCACCAUUGAUGAAGCAACUUGAAUCACUGCAGUGCAUUAUAAGGCAUAAAGAAAGACUUUGGGAACAACGAGAUACUUCUUUUACACAACAAUUGGUAGAAACUUUAGAACGAGUCAAGAUUAUUACCGAGAAAGAAGCGGCACAAAAAAAUAUGAUAACUACAAUGCAGGAUCGUAUCACUACUCUAGAAGAGCGUUUAACAGCUGCCCUUGUCCAAACGGAAGAAACAUUGAUAAACAUAAAACAGAAAACUCAAGAAACUGAAAAUCUUGAACGGAAAUAUCAAAAAAGUUUGACAGAACAUGAAAGUUUACAAAAUUACAAAACUUCUGAAUUCCAACGAGCAUCAUCGUUAUCAAAUAGCGAUUGUAUAGAUAAACCUACAUCUUGCGAAAACAAAAUACUAGAAAUUCCUAAUGAUAUGAAAUUACAAGUAGAUAUUAAUACUACGUUACUGACUGAAUUUGACACGAGACUUUCAGGAAUCUCGCCUACUCAUAGCAUUGGAAACCUAUCUCUGCCUGAAUCACUUAACAGUAUUCCAUGGAAUGCAUCCGAGGAUAACCUCGGUGUAAACUCCGUUGGAAAGAAUACAGCACCUGCUGAUAGUUUAAGUGAUGUCGGUUAUAAUUUAUCAAUAAUGUUCAACAAUACAUCACUCUUGGAAACUUUACAAUCAACGCUAAAGCAACGGGAUGGCGAGGUGUACCAACUGCAAUGGGAAGUUUCUCGAUUUCAACAAGAACGCAAUAUACUUAGUUCGGAAAUUUCAAAUCUUACAAUGGAACUAGACAAUGUUCGGGAACGUUUUGAGCGGAGCAUCCGUUUGGAGGCGGAACAUAAAGAUUUGCAAAAUCGGUACGAUGCACUGCUACAAAUGUACGGAGAAUCAGUAGAAAAAACUGAAGAAUUGCAGCUUGACCUGGCAGACGUAAAAGAAAUGUAUAAAAUACAGAUCGAUGAUCUGCUCCAACGACAGCGUGAUUUAAUUGCUUCUAUGAGCCAUCACUCUUCACUAUUAUCAUCACCUGGGAACAAUUGCUGAGUUGAAAAAAUUCUUCAUUCCUUUAUUUUAAAAUGAUUGUUUUUACUUAUAGAGAUAAUUUUAAAUCUUGUCCUUACUCGUCUUUAUUCAUGGCAGUUUUGCCCAAGCGUGGAUUAACAAUCGUUAACAACAAUACAUGAAAAAUUUGUGUAAAUUACAUUAAAAGAUAUAGUAUACCAUGACUUAAUGUUCAAAUGUUCGUGAAAUACAGCUGCAAUUGAGAUUAAAAGAUGUGUAAUUUUUCUUUGUAGCUUCAAAGCAAUUUCUUAGUCAAAAUAAACAAGUAUAAAAUCUUAA